AAAGUAAAAAUCAAUAAAGUUGAGAGACCGAAAUUACUAUUUAACCAAACCUUAAAUGACUCUCUCUUCAAAUCCCAAUCCACAGAAGUAGCAUUAACCCCAGAAGAAUGAACAAAAAUCAACCUCCUAAUCCCACGUCUUUGCCUUUUAAACCACCUAAACACUGCAAUCCAACUAACCACUACAGCACUCAAUGGCAAACACAUUUUCCAAGUAUAUGGAGUUUUGGUGGGUGGGCUUUGUGGGGCUGGGUUGGUCCUGGAGGGCUUGAGGGUUUUGAGGGACAUGGUGAAGGUGAAUUUGAGGCCAGGAGAAGGGUUGAGAGAAGCAAGGAGCAGGGAGGCAAUGGAAUUGAAAGAUGCUUUGAGCCAUCUUUCGGACCAGCUAGGCGUACAAUUAAUAAUGGAGGUUUGCUGGUCCGAAACAAGAACUGGGGAAACCGUCACUGCAUGCUCAGUUCAGAAAACCAGUUGAGAGGCUGUCAAUGCCCACAGGGCUUUUGUGGGGAUGGUCAUAAAUGUGAAGGUCUCAUCUAUGAGUGCAAGUGCAAAGGCGAUCAUCUCUAUAUAAAGGAACAAGAUGUUUGUAUUGGUGGGACAUCAAGAGACUUCGUUGCUUACAGUUAUGAUCAAUAUAAAAUGAAGUGGAUCAAGAUUCGGAUGGUUCCUUGCUUUCUUGUCCUUGCAGCUUAAUUUGGCAGUCUUCCAUAGACUUGGAGAUCUUGGCUACCAUGUGACAGUACAUGCCACUUGACAAUCAACAUACCAAAGAAGUUCCAAGUUACCCUCAGCCUUUUGGACAAACCUUGUCAGCUGAAGGUGACUGGUCCCUUAUAACAGUGAGCAAUCUUUAAAUCUGUCCCUAAUUGCUGCCAGAACCGACUUCCAUGCUAUUUGCAGUGUGAAAGCUAAAAGUAAAGGGUUCCAAUGGUCUAGCUCCAGUACUGAAGUCUGAAGGGUUGCACUUAUGCUGAUGCGAAUAGAAUUUUGAUAUCUCU